AACCUAUUUCACCCACCAGUAGUUCUUGUUGGCAUUGAUUCACUUCUUUUACCAAACAUGCCAAGCUUCUAAAUAAGUUUCCUCAAUAUCUUUAACCCAAUCUCCCCCCAUGCUCACAUGCUCUCAGCCUUAGGUUAUCUCCAUCACAUACCACUCUCUGAUCUUUCUUCCUUUUUUGGAAAAAAGAAACUGUAAACAUCAAAACUAUGUCUUCAUCAAUGGCCUUGUUCUCUUCAACGACACCACAUCUUCCUUCUUUAUCCUCUUCCUUCAAAACCCACUUCCCAAUUAACCCAUUUCUCUCUUUGAAGCCUCAAAGACACCUGCUUUUUGUGUCUGUUAGAGCUACUGAAAAUGGGGCCGGAGCUGUCAUUGCUGUGGAGGAGAAGAAAGCUUCUCAGCCGAAGGCUCCGGAGGAGGCGUCUCUUGGAAACGGAGCUCCGAUGGCAGAACAGGAGGAGGAAGCGAUGGCGAAAUUCGAAGAUCCCAAAUGGGUUUCGGGGACAUGGGACUUAAAACAGUUUCAGAAAGGUGGAGCUACUGACUGGGAUGGAGUUAUCGAUGCAGAGGUUAAAAGGAGAAAAUGGCUUGAAGACAAUCCAGAAUCAUCCAACAAUGACUUCCCUGUAGUUUUUGACACUUCCAUUAUUCCAUGGUGGGCAUGGAUGAAGAGGUUUCAUCUUCCAGAAGCUGAACUACUCAAUGGGCGAGCUGCAAUGGUGGGGUUCUUCAUGGCUUACUUUGUAGAUAGUUUGACCGGGGUUGGUCUAGUUGACCAAAUGGGAAAUUUCUUCUGCAAAACACUUCUAUUUGUUGCAGUGGCUGGUGUUCUUUUGAUCCGAAAGAAUGAGGACUUAGAUACCUUAAAGAAAUUGUUUGAUGAGACAACGUUUUAUGACAAGCAAUGGCAAGCAACUUGGCAAGAUGAGAAGAAAGAAUAAGAGUCGAUGAUGAUUGAUGAAUGAUAAAGUUUGGAUCUUUUAUGUUUCUUGUAGAUCAUCUUUGUUGUAGCUUAUGGUUUUAUGUUCUUCAAUCGUGUUUCUUUAAUGUUAUAAUGUGUUUUUUUUUCUUUUUCUUGAAUUUGGAUCGGUAUAAGAUAAUAGCCGCAUUUGUACUAUGAGGUCAUUCAUGAUUGAAUUUGACUAUUGAGUGGUAUAUUUGCAUAAAUAGUCAACGGUUUGAAUC